CAAAACUUCCGUUGAUGGGCACCAUCACUCUGCGCGGUUGAAACACCCGCCCGCAUGGCUGUGCGUCCGCUGCAGGCGCCCGACGUGCGUCGCGUCCGGGUGGCCAUGGCCUCGGACGACGACGCGCAGCUGUGGUGGCGCCACGCCAAGCCUCGCGCGCACCGACCGCCACGGACGACGACGCUGGCGCUGGCCCGCGAGCUCGCGCUCGACGAGGAGCGCGACUGGAUGAAGAAGCACAAGAAGGCGCGCAAGUUUGAGUUUACGGCCGCCGAGAAGCGCAUCUUGCGGCAGUGGUUUGACGUGCUCGACACAGACCAGUCGGGCAGCGUCAGCACCGAGGAGCUCGAAGACACACUGCUCACGCUGGGCUUGGCGUCGACCGCCGACGAGACGCAAGCGAUCGUGACCGCCAUCGACACGGACGGCAGCGGGUCCGUGGACUUUGGCGAGUUUGUGCGUGCGCUCAUGCCGCAGCCGGCCGAGAAGGACGCGCUGCUCAACAACGCGGCCAAGCGGGACAAGUCUUUUCUGGGCUUGAAGAAGAGCAUGGAAGCCCAAGUCAAAGGCCUCUUGGAUGCGAAGACGCACGUGUCGAUCGAGCGCCGCAAGUUCCUCGUCAACACCAUCACAUCGCGGAAAUGCGAAGACAUUGACGUCGCGGUCCACCACGCGCUCUGCGCCAAGAAGGCGCUCGGACCCCACCGACCGUCGCUCAACACGCUGCGUCUCGACGGUCUCCACGACGUGUUUCGGCGGUCAGCGGCCGCGACCCGCGCCAAGACCGAUGCCAUGCGCGCGAGGCAGUUGCCGACCAUCAACGCCGACGAGACGCAGUCCGAGGUGGCCCGGCGCCUCCACGCCCAAGCCAACGCCCGCGCGGUAAGCGAGCAAGGCCUGCACACGGCGCUGCCCGCGAUUGCGCCGCCUGCCCGCGCGACGUCCGAGCAAGCCAUGCUGUAAUCUUUAUUUAACAGAGCUUAUGAACACGAUGUGCUUUGGUGCAGUGGCAAGA